AUGGCUUCAGCCGAACCGACGGCCGCAGGGAUGGCUUCGUCGUCGUCGUCGUCGAGAAGACGACGGGGACGAAGCUUCGUGACGGCUUCGGUUUCAUCGGCUUCAUCGUCGUCUUCUUCGUCUUCAUCACAUCCGACCACUCGUUCUAACACGAGAGAACGAUACGGCGCUAAUGUCAACGCAACUGUCACUCACAUACAUUCGAGAAGAGGCGGACUGCUUGCGGCGAACGCGGCGGCUGGGCCGGCGCCGGAUUUCUUAGUCGCCAAACUCGACGCCAACGAAAAGAUGCACAAGGAGUUGAUGGAUAAGUUAGCCGACCCGGCGGUCCAAGGGGACUCGAAGGAGUUUCAAAAGGUUUCCAAAGCCAUGGGGGCGCUGCAAGAUGUUGUUCACACGUAUCAGAAGUACAAGGAGUGUUUACAAGGGAGCGAGGAGGCGAAGGCGAUGGCGAAAGAAGCCGCCGGAGACGACGAGAUGGUCGCCAUGGCAAAGGAAGAGGCGGAUAGUUUGAUGCAAGAAGCAGAGACAUUAGUCGACCAGUUGACGUUAUCUUUGUUACCAACGGAUCCGUUGGACUCAAAAAAUAUUAUGUUAGAAAUGCGAGCGGGGACCGGUGGCGACGAGGCGGCUAUCUUCGUUGGCGAUUUGCACAGGAUGUAUACUAGAUUCGCGCAAACGGAAGGAUGGAAAAUGGAGACGGUGUCGUCCUCGUCCGGUGAUUUUGGCGGAUAUAAAGAAAUCGUAGUUGAAAUUAAAGGCGAAAACGUGUAUUCGCAAUUGAAAUGGGAGGCUGGAGUUCAUCGAGUGCAAAGAGUUCCGUCGACAGAUGCGCAAGGUAGAAUCCAAACGUCGACGGCAACUGUCGCGGUGAUGCCGGAAGCGGACGAAGUUGAAGUUGAAAUAAAAGACGAAGAUUUGGAAAUCCAAACUGCGAGAUCCGGUGGAGCGGGUGGCCAAAACGUGAAUAAGGUCGAAACGGCGAUUGAUAUGUUCCACAAACCGUCCGGAAUUAGAGUUUUUUGCUCCGAGCAACGAACGCAGUUGAAGAACCGCAUUCGAGCCAUGCAAAUUUUAAGGAACAAGUUGUUCGAGAUACAGUUAGAAGAAAGAAACAAAGAAAUAGCAGGGGCUAGAAAAGCGCAAGUUGGUUCUGGCGCUCGGUCAGAAAAGAUUCGCACGUAUAACUGGAAAGACUCGAGAGUUUCUGACCACAGAUUGCAAAAGAACUUCCCGCUCGAAAACUUUAUGAACGGUGAAAUCAAAGACUCCAUCGCGUCUUGUCAAUCUCUCGAGCAACAAGAUCGGUUAGCGGAGUUGAACGCAGAGUUGAUGGCGGAAAAGUAA